AUGCCGGCUGCGGCCGUCGCCUCCGUCUCAUCCACCACGCUGGAGCAGUUGCGUGAGUUCGAGAGCGUGCUGGAGGCGGUGUCAACGCGCGGGGAGGCCACGGGCGCCGGUCGCGUUGAUCCGGCGCUCGAGCUCGAGACCCUGGUGGCCUCCGACCUGCUGGGCAUCACGCCAGAGUCGUCGCCGGCGCCCGGGUCGGCCGGCGCCGCUCACAGCCGCGGCAGCUCCUCCUCGAGCUACAACAUUAUCGGCCAGCCGGCGGCAGCGCUGGCGGCGCAGGCGUACGUGGCCGACGCGUCGCCGACGCUGUCGAGCUCGGCCGUCGCCUCGUCCUCCUCCGCUGGCGUGUCAGGCUCGCCGCUCGUCAGCAAGGCCAAACCCAAGCCGAUGGCGCAGAAGGUGAAGACGGCCGUGACGGCGCAGAAACCGAAGCCGAUGGAGCUGGAGGACGACCAGACGCGCCAGCGCAUCGCCGCCAUCCUGCAGCAGUACCAACAGGACCUGGCUUGUAACCCUACGCCGACGCCGGCGCCACGCAACCGCAAGAACCCGCCUGUGUACACCUCCCGCGGCGGCGGCGACGGCGCCAGCAAGAGCAAGAAGAAGUCGCCCAGCAAGAAGGUGGAGACGGUGGUGGGCGGCACCGCCUCUGCCUCCUCGCUCUCCGUGGAGGAGGACGCGCUGCCCAGAGCCGCCGCCAGCCCCAAGCCGGUGACGUCGCAGGCGUCGGCGGGCGACGAGUAUGCGGACCACAGCAGCGCCGAGGCGCCGUUGCUGGGCGAGCAGCAGUCCCAGCCCCUGCAGCAGCAGGUGCAGCAGCAGCAGCAGCCCUCGCAGCAGCAGCAGCAGCAGCAGCCCUCACAUCAGCCGCCACAGCUGCAGGACGAGCAGCAGGACGAGAAGCCGAGUGAAGAGCAGCUGCUGGCCGCCAGCGUCAAACUCUCUGGAGGCGAGGUCUCCUCCGAAUCUCAGCAGAGUGAGAAUAGCAACGAGGACGUGCACAUCCCGCAGGCGUCCUUCUUCACCGAGCAGCUGCAGUCCUGCCUGUCCACCGGCGAAGAGCUGUCGCCACAGCAGCAACAGCAACAGCAGCAGCAACAACAGCAACAGCAACAGCAGCAACAACAGCAACAACAUCUGCAGGAGCAGAAGGAGCAGCAGCGUCGGCAGGAGGAGGACGACGACGAGGAGGAGGCCGACGGCGGCACCAACGGAGACGAGCGGCUGCUGGACGGCUGCCGACCGGGCCACGACGCCGACGGCGGCGGCUCGGGCGGGUCGGAGGGCUCCGGCCCGCCAACGCCGCUGCUCAGCCAGUCGUCGGUACACGUGAUCACGGGCGUGCUGUCGUCGGGCUCCGGCGGGCCGGCGGCCGGCCUGCGCGCCUACCCGGCGCUGCCGCGCGGCCCGGCCGCCGCCAGCGAGACGCUGGACGACGCGCCGCCGGGGGAGCUAGCCAUCGCCGCCGGCCCCAAACGGCUGGCCAGCAAGCCGCUGCGCACCAUCAGCAACCGGCAGGUGGUGGCGGCUGGCGUGGCUGGCAAGCUGGCUGACGUGCUGGAGGUGGCUGCCGAGCUGCAGAAGAGCUCUGGUCGCCGCACCAAGCCCGGCCUGGCCAAGCUGACGGCCGAACGUGACCGCGAACCGGCCGGCGCCGAGUCGGGCCACGAGAGUGAGACGGAGAACAUGGAGCUGGCCCGUCAGCCGACUGCUGACGCCGGCUUGUUCGCGGCCCCGCCGGCCGACCCGUUCCAGGAGGAGGAGGCGCCGAUCUCGGCCGCCAAGUCGCUGGCGCCGUCUCAGCAGAGGCAGCGGCUGGCUAAGACCAACGCUGCCAAGAAGAAGAAGAAGGAGAAGCGGGACGGGAAGGCUCGGACGGCGGCGAGAGCGUAG